GGACUCGCCUGCUGUGGCCGGGGAUCGGCCGGGGACUGAUGGACCGCUGACAUCCAUGAAUUCCUCCGAGGAUUUCCAGUACAGUGGGAGUGGCCUGCAGUUAUCAGUCAUCAUCAUCCCGGCACUGCUGGCGGCCUCCACUAUGGUGGCUGUCAUCAUCAUCCUGUGGAAAGUGUUCCGGGGGAGGAAAGGACAGGAGGCGGGAGUCACGUUGUACAAUCUUCUGUUCCCAUCAGAUGAUCGGGAUGCUCAGGGGGCAGUGAAUGUGGGCGGGGUUUAUGAGGACCCUCUUGGGGCCCCUGACCCCGUGUUGGAGAAGAAGCAGGUGCCGCGGGAUUGGAGGAUGGAGGAUCGGGUGGUCCUGUGUCCGGGGCACUUUGGUCCCAUCAGUGGGGCGGUCCUUGUCGGGGAGGACAGACAUGACGUGGUGCUGAAGGAAUUGUCCGACAGGUGCACCCCCGGGGAGGUUCAGGACUUCAUGGACCUCCUGAGGUUCUACGUCCAGGUCUGUAAUCACGACAGCUUGGUGCGGAUGUUGUGGUGUCAGACGGAGGCCAGGCCCGUGUGUCUCAUCAUGGAGGCCAUGACACGGGGGAACCUGCUGGUGUUCCUGCGGGAGUCACAUGAGGUGAGCGGGACCCCGAGAAGCCGCAUCACCGAGCGCGAUGUCUACUCCAUGGCGUCACAGGUGGCCAGCGGACUGGAAUACCUGGCGGGGACACACAAUCUGGCACACGGGUACGUGGCGGCCUGUAACGUCCUCAUCCACCGGGAUAUGAGCGUCCGGCUGUGUGGACUGGGACUGGCCAGUAUUCAGCACCGGACCGGAUCC